AUGAUAGAUAGUGAAACAUUUUUUGCAAAAUACUUGUUAUCGCCACGACUCUAACAUACAGAAUCUGACUAAAGACUUAUAUCCCUUAAUGCAGCUUAAAUUAGAUUAUCUCCAGAUAGAAAGAUAAAAUCCUCUUUUCUUUAGGAUGAAAUAUCAUUCACAUCUAAAAAUUCUUAACUACUUAGUUAAACUAUCAGAUCACUUCUCAAAAAUAGUUGGGACUUUGUUGAAACUGUUAGAGAGAAAAACUUAAUUGAUCCUCAUUUAUAAUAUCAUUUAAGAAAAUUCAAAAAUGAUCAUGAAAGUGUUAGUGACCUUGUAAACAGAAAGGUGUUCGAUAAUAUUGAACAUCUCAAUCAAUACAAGGAUUAGAUCAAUUCAUUAUAAUAGGAGAUUGUUAACCUAAAUGAAAAAUGCAAACAUAGAAAAGUAUGUUUAAAAAAAUUGAAUGAUAUUUUAAAUAGAAAAGAUGAUGAACUUUUAUAAUUUAAUCAAUAAUUACAAACUAUUUAGACAGAAAAUUUAUCAUUAAAAAAUUAACAAGAAGAAUUAAAUUGUUAAAAUAUUCAAUUAAUAGAAGAAUUAUAAAAUGUAAUAAGUACAUCAUAAUAAACCAUCAAUUAACUUAAUUAGAAGAUAAGAGGAAUAGAGACUAAUUAUGAAUAAUUAAAAUCUGAUAAGGAUAAGGAGAUUUAAAAUUAAUUAAAUUAAACUGAUAAAUUAGAAGAAGAAUAUGAUUCCCUUAAAUUAAAACUCAAGAAAUAAGAAUCUUAAAUAGGUUUAUUAAUUGAAAAAAAUUAAGAACAAAAAUUUGAAAUUGAAUCUCUAAACACUUCAUUAAAUUAGAAUAAAGAUAAAAUGAAAUUAAAUGAAAUUGAAAUUAAAAGAUUAAAAGAUUUAUGUACAUUUUAAGAAGAAUAAAUUAAUUAAUAUUGUAAUUAAUAAACAUAGACUCUAUUAUAAUUUACAUCAAGAUAAAAUGAAUUAACAUAAUAGUUUAAUCAUAAAUAAAAUGAAUUAUUGUAAUCAAUUUAAUAAUUAGAAAAUGAAAAAAUUGAAUUAUAAGGAAAAAUUACUUCAUUUAUUUAAAAAGAAAUCUAAUUGAAUUAAUAAAUAUAGUAGUUAGAAGAUAAAUAAAUUGAAUUUGAAUAAACCAAUAAUUCAUAAUUUGAAACAAUCCAAUAAUAAAAGAAGUAAAUUAAUUUAUUAACAUCAUAAUGUUAAUAAUAUGUUACAGAAUUAGAAAAUAAUCAAAAUGAAUAGAUAAUCUAGGAUUUAUAAACUUAAUUAACAUAAUCGAAAAUAAUAAUUAAUGAUUUAAACAUUAAAAUUAAGGAAGAAGAAUAAAAAUUUGAAAAAUUGAAAUAAUAAAAAGAUGAUGAUUUAUUUAUACAAUUAAAUUAAAUUUACAAAUUAGAAGAAGAAUUGGAAACAUUAAAAUCAAAAUUAAAAAAAUAAGAAUCCUAAUUAGUAAUUACAUCUGAAAAAAAUCAUGAACUUAAAGAAGAAAUAGAUUCUUUAAAUGCUGAAUAACUAUCUUUUAAAGAUUAGAUAAAACUUAAUGAAAUAGAACUCAAAAGAUUAAGAGAUUUAACUGUUGUUUAAGAGGAAUAAUUAAAGGUUUAUUGUAAUUAAUAAGCAUCAACAUACUAAUAGUUUAGUGCUAGAUAAAAUGAAUAAGUUCAAUAAUUUAAUAUUAAAUAAAAUGAACUAUUAGAGUAAAUUGCUACUUAGUAAAAAGAGUAUGCUGAUUUAUAAGGAAAACUAUCAUAAAUUAUGCAAAAAGAGAUUAUUUCACAUUAAAAAAAUAAGAUUCUUGAAGAUUAAGUAAAAGAACUUGAGGAAUUAAAUUAAAAUUUACUUGAUACCAAUUCAAAAUAAAAAAAACAAUUGAGUAAUCUAAAUUAAGUUUGUUAAUAAAAUGAUAUUUAAAUGGAAUAAAAAUAGAAAGAAAGGUAAAAUUUGGAGGAUGCCAUUUAAUAAAAUAAACAAAAACUAAAAUAAAUUGAAGAUAAAUUAAACUAAUCUAAUUUAAUUAUAUUGUAAUAUGAAUAAUAGAUUAAUGAUUAACAAUUAUAAUUAUCUAUUCUUAAUUAAACUUAAUAAGAAUUGUAAUAAUAUUAAUAAAAAGUCUUAAUUUUAAACAAUAAUUUAGAUGAAUCAAGAAUAUAAACAGAAACUAUAUUAAAAUAAAAAGAAGAUCUUGAAGUUUAACUUUAAAAUACAACACAUACUAAUAGUUAAUUAUAAUAAUGUAAUAAAACACUUGAAUAAUAAUAAAAAUUGAUUGAAAAUAAUUAUUCAAGUUUGACAUAAGAAAAUAGAAGAUUAUAAAAUUAGUUAAGUGAAUCUAUUUGUGUUAGUAAAUAAAAAGAACUUGAAAAUUAAGAAUUAUAGAAAUUAAAUGAAACAUUUAAUUAAUAAAUAUCCUAAUUAUAGCAUUAAUAUACUUAAUUAGAAUAAUCUUAUCAUUAAAUAGAAUCUGAUAAAAAUGUUAUUAAUUAAUAAUUAAGUGAUAAUUCACAUUUAUUAGAGUAAUCUAUGAUGGAAAAUGAAAGUAAAUUAACAAAAUUAUAGACAUAAAAUUAAAAUUUAAAGGAGGAAAUCAAAUAGUUAAAAAAGAAUCAAAAUGAAAAAGAACACUAAUUUGCUUAAACAGUAAAAUAAUAUCAUUAAAAACAUUAAGGUAUUAUAUUAAUUUUAAUUAUUUUAGAACAUAAUACAAAAAUGAGUGAAAUUAAUAAAUUAUUAAAAGAUAGAAAUGAAGAAAUAUAAAAAAUGAAAUUAUAAAUGGAUGAUGCUUAAAUAAAAUCAUAAUUACUUAAAAUGAAAGGUAAAUAUUUAAAAACUAAUUUAGAUGAAACAUAUAGAAGAUUAUUAAAUAGAAUAAUAAAAUCAAUUGAUCCAUUUUGUGAUACAAAAAAAAUCAAUGAUGUAGAUACUCUACUUGAAACUGCAGUUGAAAAGGUACAAACACUUGUUAAACUUAAAAAAAGAAAUAAAGAAAAUGAUGAAUUCUCUUUAAAUAGUUAAAAAGAACCAUUUAAUUUGGAAUUGUCUCAAAUAGUAUAAAAUUGA